GGUGCUGUCCCCCACCUCCUUCCCUGAGUGAUGAGGAUCUAGACCUCCUACCACCUCCUCCACCGCCCCCUUCGGCCUACCUGGCUCUCCCAGAAGAGGAGCCUCCCGCCCUGACGGGGUCAUCACUCAUUUCUGACUUGGAGCAACUACACCUGCCCCUACCCCCACCUCCACCUCUGCCACAGGCUCCACCGAAGGGAUCUUCUGUCCGGCCUCUGACCAGUCACCUCAAACCCACAGAAGAGGAGCUACCCCCUCCUCCAGAAGAGCCUGUCACCUUUCCAGAGAAAGAGGCAUCCACAGAUGUCUGCGGCUUCUGUCACAAGCCUGUGUCUCCUCGAGAGCUGGCUGUUGAGGCCAUGAAGAGGCAGUACCAUGCCCAGUGCUUCACCUGUCGCACCUGCCGCCGUCAGCUGGCUGGGCAGAGAUUCUAUCAGAAGGAUGGGCGCCCCCUGUGCGAGCCCUGCUACCAGGACACUCUGGAGAAGUGUGGCAAGUGUGGAGAGGUGGUCCGAGACCAUGUCAUUCGGGCCCUGGGCAAGGCCUUCCACCCACCCUGCUUCACCUGCGUGACCUGUGCCCGGUGCAUCGGAGAUGAGAGAUUCGCGCUGGACGACCAGAACCAGGUGUACUGCCUGGAUGACUUCUACAGGAAAUUUGCCCCCAUGUGCAGCAUUUGUGAGAACCCCAUCAUCCCCCGAGAUGGGAAGGAUACCUUCAAGAUUGAGUGCAUGGGAAGGAACUUCCAUGAAAACUGUUACCGAUGUGAGGAUUGCAGUGUCCUCCUGUCUGUGGAGCCCACCGACCAAGGCUGCUACCCGCUGAAUGACCGCCUCUUCUGCAAGCCCUGCCAUAUGAAGAGAAGUGCUGCAGGGUGCUGCUGAGAACCCCCUGGCCAGCCCUCCCGUGACUUGGUUUCCCCACCUAGCCCUCCCUGCAUACUUCCUUUCCUUUUGAGCCUCACUGGACACCAACGCAUUGCUCAGUGCACAGUGUCUAGACACAAGGGCCUGAGACACGGGGGCUCACCCCUGGUACACAGCACCCUCCUGUCACUGCCAACCAGAAGGCCUCUCACCAUGAGACUGGGACCCUGGUCCCUCUCUGGUGCUGGCCCUGACCUUUUUGUGGAGACAGGUCUCGGCUGUGUCUUUGUCCAUGAUGCUUAACUGCCCAGCAGAAGGUACUGAGACCAGCUUAGCACAUUGAGCUGAGCUGUUUGAGGUGUGCCUGCCCAGUUACUGUAGAAAGUGUAUUUUCAAAAUUUAGAAAUGUAUUCUGGGGCUGGGCACAGAGGCAGGAGGAUCUCUGUGAGCUUAAGGCCAACCUAGUCCACAAGGCUAGUUCCAGGGCAUCCAAGGCUACACAACAAAACCCUGUCUGGGGCAUGGGGAAUGCAACUCAGGGGCUGGAGAAAUGGCUCAGUGGUUAAGAGUACUUGCUGCUCUUGUGAAAGACCAGGAUUCAUUUCCCAGCACCUUCAUGGAGGCUCCUAAGUGCCUGAACUUUAACUCCCAAUUCCAUGAGAUCUGAUGCCCUCUACUGGCCUCUUCAGGCUGCAUACACACAGUGCACUUACACUGAAGCAGGCACACACUCACACACACACACACACACACACACACAUUUAAAAAAAAAAUCUUUAGUCAGGUGUAGUGGCACAUGCCUUUAAUCCCAGCACUUGGGAAGCAAAAGCAAGCAGAUCUCUGCAUUUGAAGGCAGCCAGAGCUACACAGUGAAAUGCUACGGUUUGUUUUAAGUGGCUGGGUUUGGCAGUCCACAUCUAUGGAUCUUAUUGCUUGGGAGAACUACCAGAAGCUUGAGG